AUGAGAAAACCUCCCCCACCUCGCUUUCGAACAUUAUCAUCAGGUGAACCACCAAGCCGAAAUGGUAUAGAAACUACCUCUCUUGUCCACCCUCGAAGCAAUGACCUGGACAUCUACUUUGGCUGGCCGAAAGCUUAUCAUUUGGAGCUCGUAGUCUCGUAUAAUGAGAACAACAAUCGUGCAGUGUUGUUCAUUCCUACCCAAUACAAGAACAGUAUUUCUAUCAAACCUCUGACAUCAGUAGUAGAGGUACUUGAUCUCCAAGGCCAAGCUGGAAGACAUAUCUCUGGUAGCACUAAGAAUGUUGUCCCACUCCGAGCGGUCAGUUGGCGGCAUUUUGAACAGCCCGCACGAGAGACCAUAGUAGCACUGUACAGAGUACUCACUCAUCUUGAGUCAAAGCGGGAGGACGACCUCAAGGAAGAAGAUCGCUCCUCGCUGGAAGAAGCUAUACGAGUCACUAUACUGAUGAUGAGGACUAUCAAUGUCAUCUGCACCCUCACAAAACAUGUGCAGAUGACGUGCAAGGAGGCAGAGAGUCGUCAGUGGGGCAUGUGUAGUGAUGUCACACACGAUUAUAAAAUUCUCCUGCCAAUAUGGCCAGAAGGCCCAGACAGCCAGAGUACAGGUAAUUGGCAGUCUCAGAUUUGUUCUAUGGAUCUGACGAGCACUCUUGGCCUGUCCGACGAAUUGAGCGUCUCACUGACCUCCAUCUUGCCAGACACAGAUGACUCUCCACGCUCUGCCAUUGAGCAGAUUUUCCAAGCCUUCUAUUAUAAUCGAAAAAGAGAUCAACAAUCUCUGUCACACGUAUCUGGGGUUUCAAACCUCUCGGAGGAAUUCUCCCCUCAAGCAGCUGUAUCAACCGUCUUCCCUAGCCCUUGCGACACAGAAUAUUCCAAAACGCUGUUCACUAAUGAUGAUCGCUCAGACAAUGUCCCACCCGCCCUCAUCUGUGGACCCGCUUUGUCAGAAGGUGGUGCUUGGUCCAAAAAGGAUCUGACACAUCCCCUUCCUUCUAAACCUCCGGGUGAACUUCCCCCAAAGCUGCCGGUGACAUUCGUAGCCGUCUCCAUGAGAUCGGAUGCACCUAAGCUCAACAUUCCAAAGUGA